AUGAAGCAAGAUUUUUGCUUUCUUGAUGUUGAUGAAGAUGAAGAAGAUGCACAGGCAGUACAACCAAGUUCUAAAGAAAGCAAAAAGCAAAGUUUGACUUCGACAGAGGAGAUUGUGAGUGGUAGUGUUAAAGGGCCAAUGAACCUCUUUAUUACGAAGAAGAAAACCAAAGGGGGGAAAUUGAGGCAAACAAGCAUAAAUGAUGCAUGUGACAAAGAGCUUAGAGAUCGAACAGUUCAAAAGAUAGCCCGUUUCAUGUAUCAAGCUGCGAUUUCUUUCAAUGCUGCCCAUUUAGAUAGCUUCAAGGAAAUGAUUGAAGCCAUAGGUCAGUAUGGGCCGAAUUUGAAACCACCAAGUUAUCAUGAAUUGAGGGUACCCCUUUUACAGAAGGAAAUUGUCUACACAAAUGAGUUGUUGAAAGAAAACAAAGAUGAAUGUGAGAAAUAUGGUUGCUCAAUUAUGUCUGAUGGAUGGACUGAUAGGAAACAGAGGACAUUGAUCAACUUUUUGGUUAAUUCACCCAAAGGAACAAUGUUCUUGGAAUCUGUGGAUGCAUCCGCCCAUGUCAAGACUAGAACCCUACUAUAUGAGUUGCUUGAUAGAUUUGUAGAACGUGUGGGGGAGAAAAAUGUUGUGCAAGUGAUUUCAGAUAAUGGCAGCAAUUAUGUUUUAGCUGAGGAUAUUGGAAAAAUUGAGGUGGUUCGAAAGACUAUUUCUAGAGCAAUUGCUCUUGUUGGCUUUAUUUACAAUCAUGGAAGUGUUUUGCACAUGAUGAGAGAAUGUACUGAAAAUAAGGAGCUGGCAAGACAUGGAGUCACCCGCUUUGCUACUACAUUUCUCACUUUUCAUGCCUUCUUUUUGGAAUAA